AUGGUUUUCUAUGUAGAAAUGAUUUUCUACGAACAAACGUCAGGAGCAGCGAUGAGCUCUCCGAUUUCUCCUGUAAUCGCUAACAUCUUCAUGGAACACUUCGAGAAAGAGGCUCUCAAAAAAGCACCAAAGAAACCAGAAGUCUGGUUCCGGUACGUAGAUGACACAUUUGUGAUAUGGAGACACGGCAGAUCUGAACUCCGAAAAUUCCUCAUCCACCUCAACAAACAACACCCCAAUAUCCGUUUCACCAUAGAGGAAAAUGGGAAACUCCCAUUCCUAGAUGUGCUGGUGUCAAAGGAGGCCAACGGCACCCUAGGGCAUCAAGUGUACAGAAAAACAACACACACGGACAGAUACUUACAUGCUGAGUCACACCACCACCCAGCACAAAAACAAUCAGUAAUAAACUCUCUGGUACACAGAGCCUUCGCCAUCUCCGACAGAGGACAUCUACGGACAGAAAUAAACCACCUAAAACAGGCCCUACAAAAUAAUGGACACGACAAAAAAGACAUAACCAAAAUAAUCAACAAACACAAAUAA